GUAGUGUCACUUUGGCUAACACAAGUCAACGAAGGACGUUUGUCAUCGUUAAACUGCUCGGAGGUUUGCCAGGAGAAGGCGGGACUUGGUUUCGACUAUUUGUUUUGUGGAACUAGUAAAUGUGAAGAUGCCAGCCGGUACUUUGGAACGGACUUCUUCAUCCGUGGCUGCUGCUACCCCGAACGGAAACUCCACUCCUGACAAACCGCGGAGUCAGACAGGAAGCAGAAAGUCUUCCAAACCAAUUAUGGAAAAGCGACGACGAGCUCGAAUCAACGAGAGUCUUGGCCACUUGAAGACGCUCAUUUUGGACGCACUCAAGAAAGAUAGCUCCAGACACUCCAAACUAGAGAAGGCAGAUAUCCUUGAGAUGACUGUGAAACACCUCAGGAAUCUACAGCGACUUCAGCUGACAGCCGCUGUGAGCACAGAUCCACUCAUCCUGGCUAAAUACAGAGCCGGUUUCAGCGAAUGUAUGGGAGAGGUCACCCGCUUCCUAUCUACAUGUGAAGAGGUGAACUCGGAGGUGAGGAGCCGUCUCCUCAGCCACCUGACGGGCUGCGUCUCACAGAUGAACGCCAUAAACUUCUACCCGCCUCACCCAAGCCCGCUAGGACUCGGACAGACUGGAGUCCAGAUUGCAGCGGCUCCCGCGCCUCAGAUUCCUUGCAAAAGCAACUCACAGAUGCGAAGCCCUCCGGAAAACAUGAAGCUUCACGGAGCCUUCCAGGUGGUGCCAACACCGGAUGGACAUUUUGCCUUUCUUGUUCCCAGCGCAGCUCUCACACCUCUCGGUGCACAAAGCAGCCAUUUUAUGUCACCUUGUGCACGCCCAGACUCUGUGUGGAGACCCUGGUAGUACCUCAGCGCAAAAACGGCACAAAUCUACUUGAUUUUUAAAAAAAUAUGUUUUGUAAAUUUACUUGAGAGGAUAAUGUUUACAAAGUUCUCCAGUUUGAUGUGAUCUAUUUUGUUAUACGGCACAAUUUGUUAGCCUCAAGAGGUUUUGAAAAGCACUGUAUUUUUGGACAUAAAUAAAAUGUUUCUAUGAUGUUUAUGCUUA